AUGUUCCCCAAUGGCACCGCCUCCUCUUCUUCCUCUUCUCCUAGCCCCAGCCCGGGCAGCUGCAGCGCAGGCGGCUGCGGCAGGGGCCCCGGGGCUGGCUCUGCKGACGGCAUGGAGGAGCCAGGGCGAAACGCGUCCCAGAAUGGGACCUUAAGCGAGGGCCAGGGGAGCGCAAUUCUCAUCUCUUUCAUCUACUCCGUGGUGUGCCUGGUGGGGCUGUGUGGGAACUCCAUGGUCAUCUACGUGAUCCUGCGCUACGCCAAAAUGAAGACGGCCACCAACAUCUACAUCCUAAACCUGGCCAUUGCUGAUGAGCUGCUCAUGCUCAGCGUGCCCUUUUUGGUCACCUCCACGUUGUUGCGCCACUGGCCUUUCGGCGCGCUGCUCUGCCGCCUCGUGCUCAGCGUGGAUGCGGUCAACAUGUUCACCAGCAUCUACUGUCUGACUGUACUCAGUGUGGACCGCUAUGURGCCGUGGUGCACCCCAUCAAAGCAGCCCGCUAUCGCCGCCCCACAGUGGCCAAAGUGGUGAACCUGGGCGUGUGGGUACUAUCUCUGCUUGUCAUCUUGCCCAUUGUGGUCUUCUCACGCACCGCGGCCAACAGCGAUGGUACGGUGGCCUGCAACAUGCUCAUGCCUGAGCCUGCCCAGCGCUGGUUGGUGGGCUUCGUGUUGUAUACAUUUCUUAUGGGCUUCCUGCUGCCCGUCGGGGCUAUCUGCCUGUGCUAUGUGCUCAUUAUCGCCAAGAUGCGCAUGGUGGCCCUCAAGGCCGGCUGGCAGCAGCGCAAACGCUCUGAGCGCAAGAUCACUUUAAUGGUGAUGAUGGUCGUGAUGGUGUUUGUCAUAUGCUGGAUGCCUUUCUACGUGGUGCAGCUGGUCAACGUGUUCGCUGAGCAGGACGACGCCACGGUGAGCCAGUUGUCGGUCAUCCUUGGCUACGCCAACAGCUGCGCCAAUCCCAUACUUUAUGGUUUCCUCUCGGACAACUUCAAGCGCUCUUUCCAGCGCAUCUUGUGCCUCAGCUGGAUGGACAACGCAGCCGAGGAGCCAGUCGACUACUAUGCCACUGCCCUCAAAAGCAGAGCCUACAGCGUCGAGGACUUUCAGCCUGAGAACCUGGAGUCCGGUGGUGUCUUUCGUAAUGGCACCUGCACUUCCCGGAUCACGACUCUUUGA